AUGUUCCAUAUCAAUAAUAAUUUCCGUUCUUUUAAACAUUAUACGUCAACACAAUAAAAAAAUAUCGUUAAAAAUAAAAAUAGUUACGUUAUAUUUUAUUUUGUUUACGACUUUAUUGGUUACCGCUAAUCCACCCCUCGGUUACCUUAUUUCUUGUCCCUUUUCAUCACUGUUUUAUCUUCUAUCUUUAUUUCAUUUCGAAGUUAGUAGUACCCCAUGGCAUGUGUACGGCUAGCAUAAACAUUUCUCAGACAUGGCGCGUUUAAUUUUGAGGUUAUGUUAGUAUUAAUUCGACGUUCGGUUGGAGCGAACGUACGCGCUGUGGUUCCGUCGGUCGUAGUUCGUUUGAUCGUGAAUGCGUUUCGUUCAACACGAUCGAUAUCUGUGAACUUGAGUGCAGACGUGCAGUGUGCAUUGUGAUAUUAACAUUGACAAUAAAUGCAAUGAACAAACUGAUAUUUUUAUAUUCACAGUGCUUUUAUGUCCAUCACAUGAAUUAGUUACGGUUGAGAUACCUACAAAAAUGGGUGCUCCGGCCUGGGGCUCUCGUGGCGGUGGCGACCGACCGCGGCUGCUGCGGAUGACGCCGCUGCGCCACAGCUUCGCGGCACCGGCCUCGCCCCCCGCACCGCCUCCGCCGCGCACCCACGACUACGCCUCCGAUGCAGACACUAAUAAAAAAGAGGACAGCUGGAACGCUAACUUGUCGCAGAGAUGGCGAAAACUACGUCGACGUUGUUCAAGACUACGACCGGGAGCAGUUAACAGAGAAGCAAGCCCAGUGCGAUGUUCUCCAUCUCCUCCCCGACCCCCUCAACAUUGCUCCCCUGCACCUCCAUCCAAGCUGUCAUUCAGGCACCGUGGGAAAGUUUACACAACUGCAUCGUUGCGCGUCACAAGUGGUGCGCCAGAUAUUCUCCGGGCUCUUGGAAAGCUUGGCGGAGGAUUACGCAGACGAGCAUUAUCAGCACACGAUGUAUUAACACCACCGCAACAGCAACCUUCAACGUUCUAUGUUCCUAGUCCUACUUCCACUGUUCGUAUCCCGUCAUCUCCAUCACCCCAAAGACAGUCUGCAACAUUACGGCGUCGCUGCAGUUCUCCAAAUGUGUAUAGAGCGAAAGGUUCACCAGCGCCACGUGAUCGCACUCCCUUGAUAAAUCAAGAAGAUGAAAGUCGAGACGUGGUUGAUUUCAGUUAUGUCCCAGAAAGAAGAAAGAAUAGUGCUGAAGGCCGUAGUCGCCGACCUUAUAGUGAGAACGUCGAGUUGGACGUGCCGUCAUAUAGAAAUGGUUUCAAUCGACUGACAUCAGAUUCAUCUCAGAAGUUAUGGGAAGAGCCUUAUAGGCUUCCGCGUGUCCAAGCACGACAAGAACCAAUUCAGCAAUUGAGGAACUGUGUGGCCGAGUUACGAGUGAGCGCUACUCCCCGAUCAGCUCGGCCUCCUCCAGCGCCGCCUGUGACGAUGCCGCAGACGAAACGUGCACCACCCCCAGAACCGAGAGAUACCCAUACGUUCGAGGUUCGUUUUACAAAGUCAGCGGGAGGGAAAGGUCUCGGUUUCAGCAUAGUUGGUGGACGCGACUCUCCGCGUGGCGAUAUGGGCAUCUUCGUCAAGACUAUUUUCAAUAAUGGUCAGGCAGCUGAGUCUGGUUUGCUCCGAGAAGGGGACGAGAUAGUAUCCGUAAACGGUCGAGCCACGGCUGGUCUCACCCACGGCGAGGCCAUCCGUCUGUUCAAGGACGUGCGAGCGGGCCCAGUUCUACUGCGCGUGGCGCGACGAGCCCCGACGCGCUGACUGCCCUGCGCCUGCUGCGGCGACAACCCCGCGCAGGCGCUUUACCGCACUGAUAUGUAUUCAACUAUGUGAUGUGUCGACGAUUCGAUUUUUAAAUUCUGCUAACCAGGUCAUCGUCGAUUAGACCAAAUUUGUAGUACCUAAUUCCACGCUGCUUAAGAAAGCUGGCUACAGUUCUCUUGUGCAUGGCGCGACGACUUUGACUGCCUGCUUGCUGCGGCGAUAACCCGCUCUACGGCACUGAUGAAUAUGUAUUCCACAACUUGAAAUGUGAUAUGUCGACGAUACAUCAUAUAUAAUUAAAUUUUGUUAGCUUUGUGCAUUAUCGCCUGGGUUAGAUUCAGAAUCUCAGUUUGCAACUGAACUUAAAUGAACUGAGCUGAGAAAUCUAGGAGACAUUUAAAAAUACAUAUUUUACUAGGCACUAUGUGCAACGAUAUAACACACGCUACGUCUAUUGGUAGAUGAGAUAUCUACCAAUAGACGUAGCGUCCUAGAUUUCGGUAAUUUUGCUGGAUCAUACGAUCCAAAGAAAAAUAAUAUUUCUAAGCGUAUUUUUUUUUUAUUUUACAAAACGAUAAGUUUCUAUUGAUGACAUCGAUGUGCAUAUAAUUCAAUAAAUUGAAUUAAUUCUUACUUAAAAAAGUUUUACUUUAGAUUCAAGAGAACCACAUCUCCUGAUUGAGACAUAAGGCUCAGCUGUGGUCGUUAAAAAGUAUAUAUAGAAUUUGAUAUAUUUUUCCACAUUAUAGAAGUGUAAAACAGAAGAAGUCUCUGAACAGGAAUUUAUUACGAAAUUUACUGCAUGUGAAAAUAAUUGAUAUUGUUGGCAAGUCCUUCUGUACGUAAAAAAUAUAUUGUGACACAUUUUUUUUUCUGGAAAAUUGUCUGUGAUAAUAAUUCAAAGCUGCUCUGCACAACUAAUAAGAUAUUAUUAAAUGUUUUAGAUAAGCUAUAUAUAUAAAAAUUAUAUUUUUUCUUAAUAUGAAUUGCGAGAACAUUUUGAAGUUAUUAUAUCUGUAAAUAUUCUAGAAGUUAAGUAAGAAGAAAUCGUAACAUUAGCCAGCUAACUGAAAAUCAAAACUUUGACAGAAAAUUACAGUUUUUAAUAGAAUUUGUUGGUAUCACAUAUAAGGAAUAUGUAUCAUGAUUUUAAUUUUAAAAAACGUCAAAUGUGUUGCAUAUAUCAUAUAUAUAUGUAUACUUUAUGAGAAAGUUAAUUCUUAUGAGGCUUAUAUACAGUAUGCUCAAAAACCAGUAAUUGCAUAUGAAUACAUACGAAUGUAAAAUGUUUGUAGCUCAAAAAUAUUUUUCUUGUUCAUACGAGUAGCUAUUUAUAAUUUAACUAAGUAACUUAUAAAACGAAAUUGAAAGUAAAUAAGAUCUAAUAAAACCAAAAAAAUAAAAAUACUAUAAGUAUUUUUUUUUUUCUUUAUUUUUCAUAACAUGUCCUCCCGUAUUAAUUAAUUUAGUUUUUUUAAGUUGCUUAGUCUUUUUCUUUAGGUACUGUAAUAAAUGUAAUAAAGGAAAGAUACAUUUCCAUUUUAUAUUUUAUAAAUAAUUUAAAGCCAUGAGAAAAAAAGCAGGGACGAAAUAAUAAUUACUUUUACUAUAUAUAAACAUAUUUUUGUUUUAUAAAAGUGUUUUUUAAUAAAAACACGUAGGUAUCAAGAUUGUGCUUACCUUUAUUUUGGAACUUAAAAAAUACUUAAUAUAGGAAAGGGUAUAAAGUAUAAUAAUAAUAUAUAUUUUUUAAUUUUGUACAUAAAUACGAGUAUGUAUGUCAAAUGGCUUUACUAAUAAACUAGUUUUAUACAAUUGACCAAGGAAUACAAAACUGAAUAACUGUAAGUAUACCAUAUUUGUGUAAUACUGAACUAUUUUUGCAUUUUUGUAAUACUUUUUUAUAUGGCUGUAAAUAAAUU